CCAGGGGGACGGGCUAAGCCCGCCGCCGAGUUACACAACCGGCCAGGGCAGCUCGCCCUGCAAAUGUGAGUUUCCCCGAGUCAGCCCGGCUCGGGGCAGCCCGCCUCAGCCCAGCCCUGGCCGAGCCCCUGCCCCCUGCUCUGGCUGCGGCGGUGGCUGGAAGAGACUCGCGUGACAUGUUCCCUCUGGGCAGGGGCACCGGCUGGCUUGUGGUGACCCUGGAGGCGGGGAGAGCGCCUGGCAUGGCAUUGAGCCCCCCUGCCCCUGGCAACGCAUCCUCCUCCUAGACGGGAACCCUGAGUUGUGUAAACGAGCUGAUGGAUGAAGAUGAGAAGGACAGGGCAAAGAGGGCAUCACGCAACAAAUCUGAAAAGAAAAGGCGAGACCAGUUCAAUGUCCUCAUCAAAGAGCUCUGUACGAUGCUUCAGGGUCAUGGCCACCCUCUCAAGAUGGACAAGUCCACAAUAUUGCAGAGGACCAUUGACUUCUUACAGAAACAGAAAGAAAUCACAGCACAGACCGAGGCCUGUGAGAUUAGACAAGACUGGAAGCCUUCGUUUCUUAGCAAUGAGGAGUUCACGCAGUUGAUGUUAGAGGCAUUAGAUGGAUUUCUCAUUGCACUUACCACUGACGGGAUUAUUAUUUAUGUGUCUGAUAGUGUCUCCUCUCUUCUUGGACAUUUACCGUCAGAUUUGGUGGACCAAAAUAUAUUAAACUUUCUGCCUGAGCGGGAACAGAGUGAAGUGUACAAGCUCCUUUCUCCACAUGUGCUCAUGAAAGAUCCUGUUGCAGCUGAUGUUCUAAACCCUGAAAAGCAAAUAGAGUUUUGCUGCCAUUUAGCAAGGGGAAGCUUAGAUCCAAAUGAGCCCCUAACAUAUGAAUAUGUGAAAUUUGUAGUGGAUUUUAAAUAUUUUACUCAUGUGCCUACACCCUCCUGCAAUGGCUUUGAAUCAGCUAUCGCAAGAGUAUUCAGGUCAGCCACAGAAGAGCAGAUUUGCCUUGUAGCAACUGUUCGUCUUGUUACGCCGCAGUUUUUAAAGGAGGUGUGCAACAUUGAAGAGCCAUGUGAAGAAUUCACAUCGAGACACAGUUUGGAGUGGAAGUUCUUAUUCUUGGACCACAGGGCCCCGCCUAUUAUAGGGUAUUUACCCUUUGAGGUUCUGGGAACGUCAGGUUAUGAUUAUUACCACGCUGAUGACCUGGAGCUUCUCGCUAGGUGCCAUGAACACUUGAUGCAAUUUGGAAAAGGAAAGUCCUGUUACUACAGAUUCUUGACCAAAGGCCAGCAAUGGAUAUGGUUGCAAACACACUAUUACAUCACGUACCAUCAGUGGAACUCCAAACCUGAGUUCAUUGUUUGUACACACCUUGUAGUGAGUUAUGCAGAGGUUCGAGCCGAAAGAAGGAGAGAUCUUGGCCUUGAGGAGUCAUCAAUCGAACUGGCAUCUUCUUCUUUGAAGAGUCACAAUAGUUACAUAGACAUCAGGCAAUGUGCAAACAACCAAGAAACCAGCAGGGAAAGAGUGUCUGUAUCCUCUCCUAGCUCCCGGCGAUCUUCGCACACGGCACUCUCCGACUCAGCAUCCACCUCAUCCAUGCGGCAUACGGAGGCCAGCACUCCCACCAGGCAAUCCGUGCCAAUGGGUCAGCAGGAGAAGUCAUCGCUGAGGCUGGCCUCAAGUGGGAGCGCACAGGCAACAGUAACUCCUCAGGCACCCGCUGAACAUCUCACUCUGCACCAGGUGGGCCAGCCAGCAAUUCCCUCGCAGCAACCUGUGACGCCAGUGUACCACUUCCCAGCCCAGUUAGGGAUGAUGCAUCAACUGAAAGAACAGCUGGAGGAGAGGACUCGCAUACUGCAAGCUGACAUCAAGACACAGCAAGAAGAACUCCAUGUUAUCAAAGAGCAGCUCCAACUAGUGCAAGAUUCCAAUCUGCAGAUGUUGAUGCAACAACCUAUGCCCAUAGUCUUUAACAACGUACAGCAACAGAGCCCAAGAAGGCCAUCUCAACCACAGCAGCCUGGGGCGACCAGGCAGACCACAGCCAAGAAGUCUCAGCAGCAAGGCCUUAUGGGAUCCAAACACUACAAUGCCCCACACUUACCGUCACCACAUCAAUUCCUCAGGGAACCUUGUGUCACUUCCUCACAGGUACAGCAGCAACAGCACUUAAUGCGAGGCUGCCAGGCCCAGCCCACACACCUGCCAGCGCAGACAAGCAUUUCGAUGCCCCUCUACAACAGCCCCAUGGUGUUUUCCCAAACUCAUCCCAUCACUGUGUCUGCUCAGAUGCCGACGGAAAUGAGUGAACGGCAACAACCGUCCAACUACAGCCAAGAUAGGAGUCUCAGAAUGUUGUUAGAUCAGCCUGUCCAAGCCUUGAUGCCCAGUGCUAAUGGCAGUAAUCAGUCAUCACAAAACACUGCUGGCAGACAGCAAGCAAAAUUUGUUCCAGAACAACAGAUGCUGCCUCCCCCAUUACAGAUGCAGCCAAUUACAUGUAGCGCAGUCAGGGCUCCUGCCCCUUCUCCUGUAUUUACUCCUUCAGUCAUGAUUCCACAGGCCAACUUCACUUCCCACCAGACGCAACUUCCAGUUCAUCUCCACCAAUGGCCACCCCAACAGCAGGUUCAGCAGCAGCAUCUCUACCUGCAGAUGCAAGCCCCUGAGUCGGUCCAGGGGAGUCAAAAUCAGCGUAUUUUCCAGCCAUCUCAUAUACCGCAGCAGAAUACCAUGGGCUACUUCCUCCAUCCACAGCAACAAAGCCACCAUCCACAGGGCCAGUCCUGCAACUUACAGGACCUGCCUGAAAUGCAGCUGCCGUGAAAGCCAGGUCAUGACGAGAAGGUGACGAGUCGCAGCUGCUGUGCUGAGCAGGCGUCGGGGAAGGACGGCGAAAUUCGAGGAGAGAAGGCCCUCCUCAUGUGCCAGAGGGGUGAGGGUUAGCCCAGAGGGAAACAUGGCAGCGUGGAGGAAGGUCCCAGCAGGAGAGCACGAUCGCCAUAUGGGUACCUUGUUGAUUACCAUUUUUAUAUAUUCAGUCCUUGAUGCUGCACAGUGACAGUAUCAAAGCAAAGUCUGGAGUCAUUAAGCAACGGGACUGUUUGACUAAACACAGUUGAACUGUGAGCAACUAGAACUCCGGUUCAUGUACAUCCUGUCAAGAGCGGCUAUUAAGUGCUAAAAAUACCUGGAGGCUGAAAUCAGGAUAGUCGGAAUUGGUUGUGGAGCUCUUGCCUGCCAAAGCUAGUCUGCAAAGGCGGUGACAGACUUGCUGAACAAAAAUGGUUGACUUAAGCAGGAAAAUGAUCGCUGAAGAAUACAGUCAUAUGUGGCUGUUAUUGGUCACUAAGCCAUACAGCCUUACACAGCACAGCAUUGCAAUUCCUUUGGACUGCAAUCUGGAUUUCUAGCUGCAGGCAUGCUAUUAAUCAGGUCAGUGCAAAGCUCGCUUUGCAACUGAGAAAAUAUUUUCAAUUCAGGACAUCAGUGCUCCUUUUAAAUUUUGCUGAAACUCAUUGUGAAUUUAAGACCAGUGUUUGGAGCACGGAAACCUGUGAGAAUCAGCAGGGUCCCAUUUAAUUAGCAUCUACAUCAUUUGCUUUGUUGUAGUAGGUUCAUUGUGGAUUUUGGUUUCCUUUUUCCCUAUCCCUCAAUCCCAUAAUUUGUUUUUUCCAGAUGAUUGAAUAAUGCUGCUAAUUCCUGUACCACCACUCUUGCCUAAAUUUCUUACGGUUGUUUUACCGACUCGCGUCGCCAUCAGUAUGCUACGGGUGCAGAUGAAUUGCUGUGGUUUUAGUUCCUGGAGCCAAGUAUUUUUCAGGGUGUACAGGCAAGGAGUCCUUACAUUCCCCAAUGGACCUUGCUGUACAUGUUUCUUUACACCUGAAACUCAGACAAAGGCAAACUUUGUGGUUUUGCUAGUUCAUGUUUCAAUUUGGCAAAGCUGAAAUUUAUACUAAGUGAUAUUCCAAGCCCAUAGGGUUAGCAAUAAAUUGUAUUUUUGUAAAUUGUCACUUUUUAACGAUGUGUUUAUAUUUAUUAACUGACAAACUGUCUAUUCCUCAGUGGGUAUAUAGUAAAGUGUCCCUACUGUUUGUGUCUUUCCAAAGGAAAAUGAAUAUUUAAUCUUUAGAUUUUUUUUUUUUUUUUUUUUUUUGAAA